AUGAAGACUGUCAAUGACACUGAACAGAUUGAUAGGAAAGAUAUCAACAAAGGGUUGCUAGGCCUAGGCGUUUUGGAUGUGUUUUUUCUGUACAAACACCCAGAAAAGGCCAAGAAAGAUGUCCUUAGUGCAAUCAAGAAGUUUGAAUCUCAAAGCCCAAAAUAUGAGGCAUUCGGGUACUGUACUCCGAUGCCAAGUGUGGGUUGUGCCCAGAACCUGCCCUACCCCACGGACAGCUCUUACCACGGGGCAUACUCCGCCCCUACAUCCAGCUACAACACGCCAUAUCCAGGAUAUGGUUUGCCAAUGACGAGUGUUGGUGCCGACCAGAACCAACCAAAGCCCCCGGGGGACAGCUCCUACCCUGGAACAUAUACCGCCCCUGUAUCCAGCUAUCAUACACCAUAUCCAGGACAUGGUAUGCCGACGCUGAGUGUGGGUGGUGCCCAAACCCCGCCCAAUCCCCCGGGCAGCUCCAGCCCUGGAUCAUAUCCUGCCCUUACACCCAGCUGCAAUACACCAUAUCCAGGACAUGGUAUGCCGACCCUGAGUGUGGGUUGUUCCCAAAACCCUCCUAACCCCCCAGGCAGCUCCAACCCUGGAACAUACCCCGCUCCUGCAUCCAGCUACAAUACAUCAUAUUUAGGACAUGGUAUGCCGAUGCUGAGUGUAGGUGGUGCCCAAAACCCACCCAAUCCCCCUGGCAGCUCCAACCCUGGAACAUACCCCGCCCCUGCAUCCAGCUAUAAUACAUCAUAUCCAGGAAGUGGUAUGCCGAUGCUUAGCGUGGGUGGUGCCCAGAACCCGCCAAACCCCCCCGGGCGGCUCAUACCAUGGGUCAUAUCCCGCCCCCACACCCAGCGGCAAUGCACCAUAUCCAGGAACACUGACACCAUCGUUCCUUCCUAUCCGGAGCGAAAAGGAUCAGGCUACAGGUGA